AUGCGAAUGGCCUCUCCGCUGAAAAAUGGAGCACCUCUAGAUAAACAAUUACAAGCAAUUCAAUUACCACAUAAUAUGAAUGUUAUUUAUGUAGAUUCUACUUUAAUGUCUGAUCAAUGGAAAGCAAAAAACAGUAGAUUAGUCGUAUUGUAUAUUGGUGUACCAUUAGUUAUUCCUCAUUUAUCACAGCUGGUAGCAUCACAUUUUGUUCUUUAUGCAAUGGCGAUUAAAUUAUUACACUGUCCAAAGACACCAGAAGAAAUUACACUCGCUGAACAAUUAAUAGACCGAUACUGUGAACAAGCACCACUUGUAUAUGAUCAAAGAAUUGAAUUAUUAACAUUACAUGCUCACUUACAUUUGGCGGACCAAGCACAAAUACAUGGUGGUCUAGCCUUUACAUAUGCAUAUUCAUUUAAAUCAUCUAUCAGAUUUAUCAAAAGAAAAGCACAUGGAAGUAAAAGUCUGGCUACUCAGAUUGCCUAUUGGACAAAUUUACAAUGUAUGAGUGAACCAACAAAAUUUGAAAUACCGAUAUCAACCGCAGUGAAUCAGAUCGAUAUGAAUCAUUUAUCUAUUGAUUCGUAUCGUGACCAAUGA